GGACUGAUGACCAAUCGCAGAGGGCGUCUAUAUCUGUGGGGAAUAAUGACAUAAAUCAAUCGACAUUUUGUGAUAUGAAGACGGAGGCCGCAUCAGUCCAGAGCCUUGACCCUUAAGUUUGACCCCGGGCGUCGACGUCUCGAUCAGAUGUCACUGUAGAAGAUCUUCACCCUGAGAAGGACAAUCACACUUACAUUAAACAGGAGUCGGAGAUGUCGGACAUCAAACAGGAGGCGGAGCCAGAAACACCCUACAUUAAAGAAGAAGAACAGGAAAACGAAAUUGGCACGUUUCCAUUGAUUGUCAUUGUGAAGAGCGAAGAAGAUGAAGGUCCAGGCGAAGAGAUUGAAGCAGCAAAACCUAUGAGCGACAGCUCAUUUCAACACCUGACCAUAAAAGGUGAGGGACGAUCGCAACCGGACGGCCUCCUAGCGCCGCUCUCAGACAGCGAUGACGCAACAACCAACUCUUCUGACUUUAACACCAAUGAGGACGAUGUUGACUUUGACCAAAAGUCUUCAAAACCUUUUCCUUGCUCGCACUGCGAUAAAAGAUUUUCUCGGAAGCAAGAGUUAAAAGCACACACAAGAAUACACACAGGAGAAAAGCCUUUUCCCUGCACAUUUUGUGGUAAAAGAUUCACCGGGAAGGGAAAUUUAAACAAACACACAAGAAUACACACCGGAGAGAAGCCUUUUGCCUGCUCACUUUGCGAUAAAAGAUUUUGUACGAAGCAAGAACUAAAAAUACACAUGAGUACGCACACUGGAGAGAAGCCUUUUGCCUGCUCACUUUGCGAUAAAAGAUUUUUGCUUAAGCAACAGUUAACUAGACACGCGCACAUGCAUACUGGAGAGAAGCCUUUCGCCUGCUCAUUUUGCGAUAAAAGAUUUAGUGGGAAGCAAGAUUUAACAACACACACAAGAAGACACACUGGAGAAAAGCCAUUUGUCUGCGCAAGUUGUGGUAAAAGAUUCACAGUAAAGGGAGAGUUAGACAGACACGCAAGAACACACACCGGAGAGAAGCCUUUUGCUUGCUCACAUUGUGAUAAAAGAUUUUUUCAGAAGCUACAGUUAACGAGACACACGUAUACACACACUGGAGAGAAGCCUUUUGCUUGCUCACUUUGCGAUAAAAGAUUUUUUCUGAAGCAAGAGUUAGCAAGGCACUCGUAUACGCACACUGGAGAAAAGCUCUUUGCCUGCUCAGUUUGUGGUAAAAGAUUCACCCGGAGGGGAACCCUAAAAAAACAUGCAAAAACACACUCUGCGGAGAAACCUUUAUCCUGAGCAGUUUGCAGUAAAAAAUUCAGACAUUUCCAAUCGCACAAGAAGCCACACUGGGGAGAAAUCUUUGAAUUUCAGCGUGUGACAAAAUAUUCUGAUUUCUGCCACAUAUUUGCAGUGAAAAAAAAAAGCAUUUAAAAUUCCUAAAUUUAAUUUCGCUUGAGCAGGGCGCGAUAAAACAAUAACAAUAAUUAUCUUUGUAUAUUUUUUGUCAACAUACAUAAAAAGUCGAUAGAUUUGAACUGUAAUUACACCAGCCGAAAACCGGAUAAGGGAGCGCUGUUGCAACGUGAACGCUAGCUCUGAGAGGGUAUUCAAUACAGGAGAGAGCAUUAUCUGUCACAGAGCAGCAUUAAAGCCUGAUACUGCAGACAGAAUUAUUUUUCUGGCCACCAAUGGCUGUCUUGUUUGUUUAGCUGUCACAUUUUUGAAACUAAACAUUUUGUUGACAUUGUCAGACGCCUUAAGACUUCAUGCACAAAAGGCUUUAACAUGUUGCUGAGUGUAAAUUAAAAUUAGUUUGUCGCUUUAUGGUUUUAAAAUUUGGGGGGGGAUUGCAUGUCUACCUCAGAUUAUUUGCAAUGUUCUACAUUUUGUUGACUUUUAAUUUUGUGCAAUGUUCCUCAUAUUUGUGACCAUGCAUGAAUCUUCGUUCUGUUAUGAAAGAUUGGCCAAAGCAGUCUGAUUUUGUCAACUUGCAAUCAGCGGGAAAAAUCAAACUUCCAAGUUUGAAAGAAAAAAUUUUUCGGGGUAAUCGUUGAUAUCGACUGAUGAGAAAAGUUUUAUCCUUAUCAUAAUUUUUUUUCAUAUCACCCAGGCUUACAUUGAACCUUUUUUGGAAAUUUUGAAAUCUUUUGCAAGUCCCUUUUUUUUUUCAGACCUAUUCAAUAUUUGUCUUUAUACACUUUAGAUUGAAAUGAAUUGGACUACAUCUCUUUAUUUAGGGGUUGUUUCAUAACUUGAUACAUUUUGCUAUGGUACUGCUUUUCGCUAGCCUGAUACACCAGACUCAACGCUGUUCCAGCUAUUGAGUCUGGCCACCAUUCCCACGGAAACAAUUUCCAGGGCGGAGCAAGCCACAGCAAACAGACAGCGGAGUGGACCAAUCAGCAACGGGCAGACGUGACGUUAGUAAAAUGGCGACCGCACGACGAUGGACUUGCGCGCGGAAGUAAACAUACGAAGAGAGCGGCGUUUAUUCGACAUGGCUAGCGCGAGACAGACUGUUGUCAAUGACUCGUGUCGAUGUGUUUUUGGUCAUUUAAAACUGAUUUUACCGUGGAUUGGAACAUAUUCUCGGCUCUGCCGUUCACCAUCUGUGCUGCUGAAGAGACGACUUUCGACGCGCAAGAGUGACGUUGCUCGUGAAGAACACGUCACGCAAAUAAACGAAUCUGAUUUGUCGAUUGAUUUUGUACCUGCUCGAAAAGGCCGUUAAUGGGAUGGUUUCCAGACUAUACUAUCAGUGUUUGAAAAAUACAGGGAGAAUAGUCUGGCAGAGCCAGGCUAGCUUUUCGCCAUUUUACAUGUGAAUGUUGGCAUUUAAAAUACAGGUAGUCCCCGGGUUACAAGGUACUUGACUUAAGCAAUUUCUACUUAACGACGCGGGAGUCUCGCCUGUCAUUUUGUCUUCAGUCGUUUUUUAACAGUACCUUAUUGCACCUUACAGUAUCUUAUUUUUUACUUAACUUUAUUAAUAUGAUGUUUUCUGUCCUCACUAAAUGUAAAGUUUUUCAGAUUUACAGACAGGAAACAGAACAAUUGUGCCUUUUGAUCAAUCAUGGUUUUUGAAGCUUUUUACUUUACUUUUGAUAAUGUGGAUAGCUGUAACACACGUAUGUAUACUUAUGUUCAAAACUACACGCAUUUUCACAAUGAAACACUUGAUACACACACUUGAAACACAAUUGGUGUUCAAACGUCCAUCCAGUCUGAUCUAUAUGUAAAUUUAGUAGAUUAAAUUAGCCUAAUUUGCCUAACUAAUAGCAAAAUGUCCUCUAUCUGAAAUGCGACGAAUUCUCAUAGCAAAUCGAUCACACGUAACUCCACAAAUUGUAGCUGUAAACUUAAUUACAAACGCAUACACAACAAACAUAUAUUAGCUGAAAUAACUUACUGCCUUAUGUGGGCCAAACCAGAUCGCAGUUAUCCUGUAUGCAUCAGACAAUUGAGUCUGCUCCUCAGUCAUGUAAGCCGACAGUCCAGCCAGACUGUCGGCUGCCACAAGAGGGCAGUGUAUCCUCCGUCAUUAAACAAAAUACAAUACUUUUGGACUUUUUGGACAGUUGUUUUGGGUACCUAAAGGGUUAAUUCCGAUUUACGCGGAAAUUCGGGUUACGUCCCCAGCGUAGGAACGGAACUCGUUUUUAACCCGAGGACUACCUGUACUUUGACGCCGCCUUUCUCUUGAUUGCUAAUUGUUCAAUUUCCAACUUUAUUUGAACAGUUUCAGGAAAGAUGUCUUUAUUAAUCUGAUGCUUUGUAAUAUUCACAAAUAAAUUGAAUAUAUUACACUACCUUUUUGUUACUAUUGCUAAUAAAUGUUAUUGUUCAUUACGGAGUUUUUUUACUUCCUUUAUUGUGGUUCCUAUCUUAUUUACAGAAUAGGGAUUUCAAUUGUGUCAAUCGGAAACCAAGAGUCUAAACCAGGGGUCAGCAACCCACGGCUCUGGAGCUGCAUGUGGCUCUUUAGCGCUGCCCUAACGGGAGGAAACAUAAACCGUGUUUUCCGCACCAUAAGGCGCACCUAAAAGCCUUAAAUUUUCUCAAAGGCUGACCGUGCGCCUUAUAU